AUGGAGGUGGUGAUGGGCAAGGAACAGAAGGAUGAGGCAGUGCAGACAGAGGUCACCUUUGAUGUGGCUGCCCAUGGCCAUGCGGACACCAGCUACAACAUCCUGGAGAAGCACACACUGGUGCUGGAACAGGGGGAGGCAGUGCCAGCCACGCUGUCUCAAGCAGCCAGAUUAGGCACUGCCAGCCUGGACUCCCUGCAGCGCACAGGGGAGCAGCCGUGCCUGGGGAAGGACCCACAGCAGGAUGAGGGCUGUGAGGUGGUAGCUGUGCUGCGAGCACUGCGGGAGGAAGCAGCCAGCAGCAGAGCAGAGCAGGCUCAGAGCAGGGAGCUGGCAGAGCAGCUCAAGGCAGAGCUGAACCAGUGGCAGUGGAAGCAUCAGGUGGCCCUCGAGCAGGCACUGCAACACAUGCACGCUGUGGCCCAUGCUGCAGAGGAGCUGCAGAGGAGCCAGAAACAGCUCCAAACCCUGAGGGAGCAGCUGGGGACACAGGAGGAGCAGAGCCAGGGCCUGCAGCAUCACCUGGCUCAGCUGCAAGAAGAGCUGAGAGCCACCCAGGCCCUGGAGCAGCAAAAUCUGCAGCAGCUGAGUGAGGCCAAGGAGACCAUGCAGGUCCUGCACCAAGAAGUGGCCUCCAGCAGAAAGCACAUGGCAGAGCUGCUGGAGCAGGUGAGGGAGAUCACCACCUUGCAGGCACAGCUGGCCCAGGCCCAGCAAGAGAAAGCCAAGCAAGAGGAGAUCGCAGCCUAUGUGAAGCAGAAGCAGCAGCUCCACUGGGAGCUGAGGAAGCUGCAGGGGUCCCAGGAGCAGUGUAAGAAAGAGGCCCAUUCCCUCCAGGAGACGCUACGUGAGCUGAGGAGCCGAGCCCAGUACUGGCAAGAGCUAUACAAGAACAGUGCCCAAGCUCUGGAUAUGCGAGAAGAGGAACUAGUUAUUUGCAAGGUGGAACUGGCUUUCCUCAAGGAAGAGCUCAGCAAGGCCAUGGAGCAGGUGAAAACCCUGCGCUUUGCCCGAGCUCUGGCAUGCUCCAACGGUGGCAGACUGCACAAGGAAACGGAGCUGUUGCUGGUCAACAUCAGCCAGUGUGUGAAGGAGCCAACGCAUUCAAACGAGAAACUAGGGAACAAGAUCCAGUGGGAAAUCAAGCAGACUGCAGAGCUGCCAGGUGGAAAGAAGCAUGUUCAAGACACACUGCAGGAAGAAGACACAUACCUCGUGGUUGGAACAGAUGAGCAGCAGCACCAGUGUGAGCAGCUGAAGGGCAACAACUUCACAUUACCAGCCCCACACAAUUCUGCAGGGCUGUCUCCACCCCCCUCUUGCCCAAGGGACAGGAAACAGCGCAAAACAAAGCAAGGAUUAGACAACUUUUAAACAAAUAAAGUCUUUUCUGUUCUGUAGCAAAA